CUAUUACUCUUUGCAACACAAGCACCAAUGGUUCUUCCUUUUCUUCACAAUCGUAUGCUUAUGCUCUAGUUGGAGACUCCAAGAAGCAAAUGCAAUAUACAUCUACGGUGCAUUCCAAAUAUCAGUGACCACACUGUACGAUGCGUUGGCAUAACGUUUCUGGCGUUGUUGAAAGGCCUAGUGUAUAUGGUCUACUUUUGGAUCGAGACAAUUUUUCAUACUUCCUUUACAAUCCAAGGACUUAAAAAAUAUAUUGAUGUCAGUCCUGCUUACUAUGUGAUUGUCUGGGUUCUUCAAAAGGCUGUCAUAAUAUUCAUUGGAGGGCGCACUGUGCUUGGGAUAUCUUGCCUGUUUGGCUGUUUAUUCUACAUGUUUCGACAGAGGCACUUGUCAGUAGACAAUAAUAUUGAAGAAUUUCUGCAAAAUCAGAGAAAUUUCCAACCUAUCAGGUACUCAUAUUCACAAUUAAAGAAUAUGACCAACAAUUUCAAGAAUAAGUUAGGCCAAGGAGGUUUUGGUUGUGUAUAUAAAGGAAAGCUUCAAAGUGGUCGUGUUGUAGCAGUAAAAGUGUUAAUCAUGUCAAAAUCUAAUGGACAAGAUUUCAUUAAUGAAGUCGUUACAAUUGGAAGAAUUCACCAUGUUAACGUGGUAAGACUUGUUGGAUUUUGCGUAGAAGGAUCAAAAUGGGCCCUUAUAUAUGACUUUAUGCCAAAUGGGUCUCUUGAUAAGUUCAUCUUCAUUGAAAGAGAAAAGGGAAUUCCUUUGAGUUGGGAUAGAUUAUAUAGGAUUGCACUUGGAGUAGGACGCGGGAUUGAAUACUUACAUGAAGGGUGUGACAUGCAAAUUCUACAUUUUGAUAUCAAGCCUCACAAUAUUCUUUUGGAUGAAGACUUUACUCCAAAAGUUUCAGAUUUUGGCCUUGCGAAAUUGUAUUCAACAGAUGAAAGUAUUGUGUCUCUCACUGCAGCUCAAGGAACGUUAGGAUAUAUUGCUCCAGAGUUGUUUUAUAAAAAUAUUAGAGGUGUGUCGCAUAAAGCUGAUGCUUAUAGUUUUGGAAUGUUAUUGAUGGAAAUAGUGGGAAAACGGAGACAUGUGAGUGUACAUGAAGAGAAUCUAAAUGAAAUUUACUUCCCAUCAUGGAUUUAUGACAAAAUCAAGCAGGGAGAAGCCAUUGAAAUUGGAGAUGCCAAAGAAGAGGAUAUGAAAUAUAUAUUGAAGAUGGUCAUAGUUGCAUUGUGGUGUGUGCAGAUGAAGCCCAUGGACCGUCCUUCCAUGAGCAAAGCACUAGAGAUGCUAGAAGGUGAUGUUGAGCUCUUGCAAAUGCCUCCUAAGCCUACUCUUUAUUCUCAUGAAAUGUCAGCUGAGGAUCGGGAGAACAACCCAGUUGAUGUACCAAUUUCCUCAUGUAAUGCUAAUAUUACAAUCAGCCUAGAUGGAAGGUAACUUAACAUUUUAUCCACUUGUAGACUCUCUCUUGUUCUCUCUAUGGAUAUUAAUGCACUAGCUAGGCAGAACAAAGUUCCCUUUCUUUAUA